GUAAUAUGAGGAAUUUAUAUACAUUUUGAAUAGCUUCCAUUGAUAGAGACUUAGUUAAAAAUACCCAGACAUAACGGAAAUAAUAAAAACACUGUGGAAUGUCACACGACCUGACUUGGGGCUGGUAAGCGAAUGCGUAAUUAACGGAUCUCCACCUCUCCAAUCAGCCGGAGUGAGUGACUCCAGAAUCUAUUCGCAGCUGCUCUACUACCCUCCGCAUUUGGAACUGAACAGCUGCUAAAACGUUUGAACAAUUUUUCAGAAUGCGCACAGGGCAUGCUGUCAGACAGGGGCGAACCGGUGCUGUAUCUCAACCAGCAGAAUAAUGGCUGAGGACUAUUGGGAGAGCACACUGGCUUUGGGAUAUUUUUGCUAAGAUUACAAGGGCAUACGGGAUCUCGCGUCCUCGGAGAGCUUGAACUGUGGCUACCCCUCCGCCCUCUGCGUCUCGGCCCCCGCCCUCCACGUCUCGCCCCCCACCCUCCGCAUCCCGCCCCCCGCUGCCCCCUCUGAUGGACCGCAUGAGGAAGAUCAAGCGGCAGCUGUCCCUCACCCUGAGGGGGGGCAACAGUGGGGAUAAGACCAGUGAGACCAUCAGCCCUCAGGACACAGCGCACAGUCACAGUGACUCCGAGACCAUGUCAGUGCGGGGCAGUGGCACUGGCAGUUUGCGGGGUUCAGUGCGAGGCAGUGGUGGUGGAGGCUCGUUCAGCAUGCACUCCCUGCUCCAGUCGUACGGCUCCGCCCUGCGCCGACCACACAGCCUGGGCCGCAGCCUCAGCUCCUAUCUCAACCACACCACACGCCUGGAGAUAGUUCAUGAAGAUGUGAAGAUCGGCUCUGAUGGGGAGAGUGACCAGGUCUCGGCCACCUCUUCUGAUGAAGUACACAGUCCUGUCAGGGUCCGCCUCAGGAACAACUCUGUACGCAAGAUAUCCACCGAGGAUAUAAACAAGCGGUUGUCCUUGCCUGCGGACAUCCGUCUCCCAGAUGGCUACCUGGAGAAGUUCUGUCUGAACAGUCCUCUUUUUGACAAACCUCUGAGCCGGAGGCUAAGGAGAGUCUCCCUGUCCGAGAUUGGCUUUGGGAAGCUGGAGACCUAUGUGAAGCUGGAUAAGCUAGGAGAGGGAACCUAUGCCACGGUAUACAAAGGACGCAGCAAGCUGACUGACAACCUGGUGGCUCUGAAAGAGAUCCGAUUGGAGCAUGAGGAGGGGGCUCCCUGCACUGCCAUCAGAGAAGUGUCUCUGCUGAAGGAUCUGAAACACGCGAACAUAGUGACCCUCCAUGACAUCAUCCACACGCAGAAGUCUCUCACGUUGGUGUUUGAGUACCUGGAUAAAGACCUUAAGCAGUAUCUGGAGGAUUGUGGCAACUCUAUCCACAUGCACAAUGUGAAGCUCUUCCUGUUCCAGCUGCUGCGCGGCCUCAACUACUGCCACCGCCGCAAAGUCCUCCACAGAGACCUCAAACCCCAGAACCUGCUCAUCAACGACCGCGGAGAGCUCAAACUGGCUGACUUUGGCCUGGCCCGGGCUAAGUCCAUUCCCACCAAGACAUACUCCAACGAGGUGGUGACGCUAUGGUACCGUCCCCCAGACAUCCUCCUAGGAAGCACUGACUACUCAACGCAGAUAGAUAUGUGGGGAGUGGGUUGUAUCUUCUAUGAGAUGUCUACAGGCCGCCCCCUGUUUCCUGGUUCUACAGUGGAGGAGGAGCUGCACUUCAUCUUUAAACUGCUAGGUACACCCAAUGAGACAUCCUGGCCUGGAAUCACCUCCAAUGAGGAAUUCAUCUCAUACAACUACCCCCGGUACAGAGCCGACUGUCUACGGAAUCACACACCAAGACUGGACAAUGAAGGAGUGGAACUGCUGUCCAAACUGCUGCAGUUUGAGGGAAAGAAGCGCAUCUCAGCAGAGGAGGCCAUGAGGCAUCUAUACUUCCACAGUCUGGGAGACCGAGUCAUCACACUGCCUGACACUACAUCAAUAUUUUCACUUCAAGACAUUCAGCUGGAGAAGGAGCCCGGCUGUAGAAGCAGCUCCUUGUCUGACUCAGUGAACAGCAUAUCUCGACGACAGAGCCUGCUUUUCUGAGUGGAGUGAGAGAGAGACGGACGAACGAGAGGACGGGAAGCUGAGACAUUUCCGUGUGCGAUGAAGGGAUACACAUUCAUCAUCUUUAUACCUUUUGAAUUGUCAUUGUUGGUCCAUUUAGUGUUGAGAGAGGUUCACUAGCUGUUUACAUGUAAGAUGAGGCUGAGGAGGAUACCUGUUUUUCUUCUGUGUUUGCUCUCAAUAUGCACUCUCUCCUCUAUAUAGAACAGUUUACUGUCACAGACACACUUUUACCAUCACGUAUACUGUAAAUGCUGACAGGCAAAGAAAGCCUUACCAUUUUUCCUUGUAUAGCUAACUACUGUGAUCUUUAGUUUACAGGCUGACAUAAUUGCAGCCCUGUAUAAUUAAAUUUAGACAUGUCAGGACAUUCUUUGAAUGCAAUAAUCAUCACCCGUACAUUUUAAUGGAUUUGGACCAAAGUUUUCGACUCACUUAAAUUAUGCACAAUGCUAUUGUAAUACCCCUAGCUAGAACCUUUCUAAGUUUUAUUGUAUAAUACCACAAUGAAGGAAUAAUUUGAAAAAUGACAAGGCUUGAAUAAGUGAUAAGUUGAUUAGAGUUGUCUUCUAAUUGAGGGGGGAAUAAUAAUACGGUGAGGCUGUAGUGUCUCACCUUGGUCUUCCACACUCCCAUUUCCACCACAGCAAGGUAUUACAGUCUAUCCCUCCCAUUUCCAUCAAUCCAAGGUAUUACAGUCUAUCCCUCCCAUUUCCACCACAGCAAGGUAUUACAG